AUGAAUGCGUGCGCAGAAGCUGGGCAGUGGUUAUGGCCGCAGGCGUUGUUGCUGUUCCACGAGAUGGUGGAGGAGAACUUGGAGCCCGAUGCGAUCUGCUACCACUCUUGGCUCAGCGUGUGCGGGAAAGCCCAGCAGUGGCAGCGGGCACUUUCGUCGCUCAGAGAGAUGUGUGACCAUAUGCUGAUGCCCGAUACCAUCUGCUACUGGAACGUCAUGGUUGCGUGCAAGUGUGGCGGGCAGUGGCAGCAGGCUCUGUCGCUGCUCGGCGAGAUGCGCGACAAGGAAUUGGAGCCAGAUGUUCCCAACUACAACGCUGGGGUAAUCGCGUGUGAGAAUCAGGGGCAGUGGCGACAGGCUCUGUUCUUGCUCAGCGAAUUGCACUCAGCCGCUGUGCUGCAGUCACUGCUCUGCAGCGCUGAAUGGCCUCGCACAUCUUUCCUCCUCCUCCUCCUCCUCCCCUCUCCUCCUUCCUCCCUCAUCCCCCCACCCCCCUGUCCAUCGCAGCCGACACUGGCGCCAUCACCCAACCUCUGA